UCUUUUCAAUUUCCUCCCUCUUCCUUCGUUCCUCCGGUCUUUAUUUCCCUUUUUAUUUUCAUCGUUUUAACUUCGUAAUGAUAAAAGCUUUACAAAUUAUUGGUUGCUCAUCUGGGUUUAUCUCCCAAAGACUAAAGAAGCCUCAUUCUGGUAAUGGGUUUUCUCUCAUUUCUUCAAAAAUAAGCUGCAACUCAGCUCCCAAAUCUCAAUCUUUUAGAUUGAUUCAGAUGUUUUCGACUCAGUCCCAGUCCAACUCAGAUGCCCCUUCUCCCUCUUCUACUUCCGUUGCAGUUCCUUCAGCUGGAAAUGUUCUUAAGAUCAAGUUCUGCCAGUGGUGUGGUGGCCCAGCAAAGCAUGAAAUACCUGCUGGAGAAGAGAAAAUAAGAGCCGUUUGCACCCUUUGUGGAAAAAUUGCCUAUCAAAAUCCAAUAAUGGUUGUGGGUUGCCUCAUUGAGCAUGAUAGGAAGAUUCUACUUUGCAAGCGGAACAUUGAACCAUCUUUUGGUCUUUGGACACUUCCUGCGGGUUACCUGGAAAUUGGAGAGUCUGCUGCUGAAGGGGCAAUCCGGGAAACAUGGGAAGAGGCAGGUGCUGAAGUGGAAGUCAUUUCGCCUUUUUCACAACUGGAUAUCCCUCAUAUUGGACAAACUUAUGUUAUCUUCUUGGCAAAGCUGAAGAAGCCCCAGCUUUCACCCGGACCAGAAUCAUCCGAGUGCUCUCUCUUCGAACUGGACAAUAUUCCUUUUGAUUUUUUAGCUUUUUCUUCAAUUUUUAUUACUUUGAAUUUGUACAUUGAAGACGUCAAAUCUGGGAAAGUAAAAUUUCACUAUGGUACCAUUAACAAAAGGCUUGGGACUGGUCCGUCUGAUAUCCGUGCCUUUACCCUCGACUAUCAUUUGCAGGUCUGAGUCAUGGUUGAGUUCCGUUUCGCACAUCUUGUCAAAGAGUACGAAAUUCUUGCAACUGAAAUCGUUUUUACCUUUUUGUUUGGUGCUGUAUCUUCCAUUUGAAAUAGUAAAUCCCUACAAUAUUGAUUUCGAUUGGUAUAACAAAUCACAUUUUUCUUCUU